GUAAUUGUGUGUACCAGUUAUUAUGCAACUCUUUGUGGUUACUUUGAAAGUCUUUGUUAAUGGGUUUCAGUACUGGUCUGCGUGCUUCUAAUAAAGUGCCAUUAUAGUGAACACUUUUGCACAUUAAAACCAAUAAAUGCUGGUAAUUAUUUUUUUUAGAAAACAAGUAUUUUGGGGGGGGGGACCAAUAAUAAUGAGGGUUUCACUGCAGGUAAAGUACUAAAGAGACUCUGACAUAUGCUGCUGCAGCCAGCGUUGAAUGGAGUAGCAGUAUGGAGCAGUAUCAUAGCACUAUGCUUUAUGGCUUGUCUAGCUUGUUUAUAUAGAAGCUUUUUUCAUUGAGAAUCUGGCCCUUUCCUUAAAACAACUUUACACAUAUGUGUAUGAAAACAUUUUUCUAUCAAUCAUCCUACAAAACAGGUUAAUCAAGGAAAAAAUUAAAACUGUCGUAUUCAAAAGUUUAUAUAUCCUUUGUGCAUUGCCCCUUUAAGCAUGACAGCUUUCGGUCUUUUGUGAUCGUUGUGAAUACGCCAGUUUAUUUAGUCGUGCAGUAAAACCUCCCAUUCUCUUUGGCAAAAAGCCCCCAGUUCCUGUAAAUUCUUUGACAGUCUAAUAUGAGCUGCAUGUCUGAGAUCUUCUCAAAUUAGCUUAAUAAUGUUUAGGUCAGAAGACUCGAGAACCUUGAUUUUUUUACUGCUGCAGCUGAAGGGUUGUCUUGGCCUAAUAUUUUGGAUUAUUUUCAUGUUGGAUAGCCCAAGUGUGCCCCCCAUGCACAGCUUCUGGGCUGAUGAAUGCAAAUUGUCCUGCCAAUAUUUUCUGAUCAUAUUCUGCUUUCAUCUUUCCAUCAGUUGUUUGCACCCCAACAAUUUCCUUCCAGUUGUGUCUGAAGACUUUCUUGGUCUACCAGACAGAAGCCCUACUUGUCUAAUUCUUGAAUUAGAAAAUCCAAAAGCUGAUUUUUUUUAGCAGUACUGAUUGGCAUUUUCAAAUCUUUUUUAUAUCUGUUUCCUGGUGUAUAAAAAUUAAACUAUUUUGCUCACAUAUUUUUGACAUUCAUUUGUUUUUUUUGCUUUCCCCACAGAGCAAAGUCAGUGCAGCCUGACAACCACAUAGCAUUUUCUGUUGCUAACUGGAUAUAGGAAGAAAAGGAAUGCUAAUAAAAGAUGUCAUGGAUCUUAUUAAUUCUGACCGGGAUGUAAUUUCUUCGCCUUCCGUGUUUGUUUGCGAGGACGCCCCUUCUAGUAUCCUCAGUACUGUAACUGUCGCACAUUAUGUGCCCCAUGAGCAAUGCCCAUCCACAUCCUGGGCUCCUCAGCGAGAAGGUCCAAAUCCAGAAUUAAACAUCACUGAGCAACCAAAACAGAGAGGGAUGCGCUUCCGUUACCAGUGUGAGGGGAGAUCAGCUGGAAGUAUACUUGGGGAGAAAAGCACAGAGCAUAAUAAGACCCUUCCAGAGAUUGAGAUCAUCAACUGUGAUGGGCUUGAAGAAAUUCAUGUCAUUGUGUGUCUCGUCUGGAGAGAUCCUCCCCAUCGCGUGCACCCCCAUGGCCUUGUAGGUAAAGACUGCCAUAAUGGCAUCUGUGAGGUCACCCUGAAUCCUCAGAAUGGAGUAGCAAAGCACAGUUUCAGUAAUCUUGGCAUUCAGUGUGUGCGGAAAAGGGAAAUCGACUCGGCGGUAAAUGAACGGCUGAAAUUAAAUAUCGAUCCUUAUAAAGCUGGGAAAUGGCGUCUCCAUGAAGAAGUAGAUUUGAACGUGGUCAGACUCUGCUUCCAGGCCUCCUGUACUGGGCCGGGGUUUAAAUAUGACAUUCCCCCUGUGCUUUCUGACCCGAUCUAUGACAAGAAAUCUACAAAUACAUCAGAACUGAAGAUUUCUCGCAUGAACAAAGAAUAUGGACGAUGUGAAGGGGGCGAGGAGGUCUAUAUCCUCUGUGAUAAGGUUCAGAAAGAGGAUAUCCUGGUAAUAUUUGGAGAAGAUAAGUGGGAGGCUCGUGCUGAUUUCUCACAGGCAGAUGUGCACAGACAGAUAGCGAUUGUGCUAAAGACACCACCAUAUCAUGAUCUGCAUAUCACAGAACCAGCUUGUGUGCGUGUGUUUCUGCAGAGGAUUACAGAUGGCAUACGCAGUGAAGGGAUGCCAUUUGUCUACAUGCCACGAGUUAAAGAUCCCAAUGGUGUGCACUCUAAGAGGAAACAUCGGGACUGUUCACAACUCGGUGAUAUAGGAGAUCCUGAUCCACAUGGGAUUGAAAUGAAGAGAAGAAAAGUAAGACCUAGUUAUGCAGAUCAUUUAAUCCCUCCUUACCCAGAUAUAAAUUUACCCCUCAUGGAUUCCUUCAACCAUAAUGAAGGUUACCACGACCUUCCUCUGAUGAACCCUGAUGAAGAUGCAUUUCACUUUCUCACUGAGGACCCACAUUUUUCAGAUCUCCUGACACACGACCCUUACUUUCUGGAUGGUUAUUCGAAUCAAUUUCUGCCAGACCAGGUGAAUGGAGUCACAGCUCAUCUUGUGGGUUCCAGCCUUGCUUUAACCGACGAAGAACAACCUUUACCAGACUGUGCUUUUAAUGACAGUGGUUGCCGGAGAUAACCGUAUAUUCAGAGAUUCCAAUAUUUGACUCUGUUUUCAGCACUUGAACUACAAAGCCCACUUCAGUUACAGUUUGUAUAUACAUAGAUACAUGUAUAUAUAUGUGUAAGAGAGCUUAUAGUUCUGGGAAAUAUAAGGAAUUUCUGUUGUUAGAGGGAGGAUAAAACACAGUGAUCUAAAGAUUUCUACCAUGAAGUCUUAAUAUUCCAUAGCUGACAAAAUGGUCCCUACUAAAGAGGUCCAUGCCUCCGCAAUAUGGAAUAAAGUUCACAAACAGAAAGACACUGAAGAAACCACUAUAUAUUUCUAAUUCUAAAAAAUAGAUACCACUUUUUGUAUGAACUUGUAAGCUCAAUAAUGGACCAACAUUUAUUCUAGGCUGUAGAAAAGAAUAAAGAGGACCUUUUAAUGGGGAGAGGAAUUUAGGAAGCAGUACCAUUGGCUUGUCAGUAACUAGGAUCACAAUUGCAUCCUCCAGUAAAGACAGAACUCUGGACUUCAGUGGCACUUGCUCUGUAUGUACAGAGAUAUGUAUUUAAUAAAGGUAGUUUGGUCUGUUUAUGUGAAAAUAUGGUAUAGGACAGAGGGGACAUCGUUUUUGCACUAGUAUAUGAUGACAGAAUAGAAGAUUGGUGGUUAAAAGGAUUUAUUACUUAAUAUACAUUUGAAACACUUAUUUUAGCUUUAUACUGUUAUAACUAUUGUAUUACCUAAGAAGGUAGGUAAAAACAAAACUCUUCAGUUGAUGCUUGCUGGCAAUAGCUGAUAGCACUGAGCAAUACUUCUUGCAGUAUUGGGAAUCUGAUCAAGGGCAGGAGUUUGUUGGCACCAGAACCUUUGCUUUCAACACCUGAGAAUCACAGCAGAGGUGUUGGGUGCAGAAGAGACCACAAGCUAAUUUGCAAGGGCCAGGUGCCCCGAACUCAGGUUGCACUGUAAUCAAGCUUAUCACAUAAUGCUUAAAUAUUAAUUGGGCCUGUUCCAGGAAGACUUGGUAUGCUUCUGACCCUGAGCAGUGAAUGUGCAGUGAAGCAACUCCAUGCCCUGGGGAUAGGGCCCAUAUAUGAAGAUCAUGGUGACCUUCAGGGCUGCAAAGUUUGUCAAGUCCACAUAGAUCAGAGCAAGGUGGCACAGCCUGAAGUAAAAUGCAUUCAUUCUCCACCAUGCUGGAGUUUACGGAAGUAACAAGAAUAGCAACAGAAAUCAAGCAAAGAGCAGGGUCCAUGUAUUGCAGAACGGGGCUGUCUGCCAUGUUUUGUUUUUAACCAGUCUCUGUGUGAAGGUAUAGAGCAAUAUGUAUAGCAUUUGUACAGGUUAAUGACAUAUAAAGUUUGCAUGCUUAUACAUAGUGACCAUGCUCAUUUCUCCAUUCCUGAAUAUAUUUGAAAUGAGUAUAAUUAAGAAAUUGAAUACUCAAAGCCAUUUCUCACAAUGGUCUUCAUUGCUGGUAGAGUAAGGGGGAAAUGUAAAAAAAUUUGCAAAGAGCAAAACUGUGCGAAUGAAAAUUCGCCCGGCGAAAUGUAAUGUUCUUCAUUAGGCUUUUAUUGCAAUGCAAACCUUAAUUGCGCAUUGCGAACCUUUACCACCUGCUCUGGAGUUUCGUUAAAUAUUUUGUCGCAAACAAUGGUUUGCGAUUGCGAAAUUUUAAUUGCAAAUGUUCGCAAAAGCAACUUGGUUGCAAACUUUGAGAGGCAGUCGUUCAGGUCUUUAAUCAGUCAAAAAUGGAGCAAACGAGGUCGCUAAUGAAAUAUAUUACAUUCCCCCAUAUGAGUUUAAAGAUAAAGAAUAUUAUAGAUGAGAUAGUUUGCCUUGUAUUGUUUAAAUUAACCAUGUUAAUCGAUGGAAAACAUUAAACCCCUUUGUAUAGGUUCACUAUGAGCUGUAAAGAUGACUAGCCAUGAUAAUUGAUUUAUGUGUAAAUUUGCACAAUGACUGCAUUCAUCAUUUUAUGUACAUACAGUAUAUAAAAAACAGGUGGAAUGGUGUGAUUGUUUCCUUACCCAAAAGUUAGUUAUGGAUUCUCAGGCUUGGAAUCUGUUAUAUGGAAUUAAAAGUGGAAUAGUAUUGUAGAAUGAACAUAGACAUAAGGCAGCGUUUGUAGGGCAGGCACUUAAUGAGCAAUCCUUCAGGCAGAAGUAGUAAAAAACAGGUCUUUAUUAAAGUACAAGUGUGUAUAACAGCCUUACGCAUUUCAUAUCCACCAAUCACAUUUGUACUAUAAUUAACCAAUCAGUGGGUAUUAUCAAAAAUCUACCGGAGUGGUUCUUGGGUUAAAAUAGGAUUGGUAGAUUUCUGAUAUACCUACUGAUUGGUUAAUUAUAGUACAAAUGUGAUUGGUGGAUAUGAGUUUAAAUACUUUGCAUGUGCAACGCCUAUGUGUUGUGAGAACAUGAAACGUGUAAGUCUUCAAUAAAAACCUGUUUUUUACUACUUCUGCCUGAAGGAUUGCUCAUUAAAGGGAUACUGUCAUGGGAAAAAAAAUUUUUUUUCAAAAUGAAUCAGUUAAUAGUGCUGCUCCAGCAGAAUUCUGCACUGAAAUCCAUUUCUCAAAAGAGCAAACAGAUUUUUUUAUAUUCAAUUUUGAAAUCUGACAUGGGGCUAGACAUAUUGUCAAUUUCCCAGCUGCCCCAAGUCAUGUGACUUUUGAAAAAAACAUGUUUUCUGAUGACAGGAUCCCUUUAAGUGCCUACCCUACAAACAACACAGUGAUGUCCGAAAUCCGCUUUGUCUAUCUGCAUCUGAGCAGAGGAGCAGAUUCUCGUCCUGUGUUUCCUUGAAGUUGUUUCACCAGUCCAGAAUUGAGAAAGCCAGUUGGAUGACUGGUGAAACGUCUUCAGGGAAAAAAGUCAGAGAUGAUUUGACUUAUUUCUACAGAUAUACCAUGACCUGGCUGAAUGAGAAUCUUCACAGACAUAUUCCUAGUAUGUUUUUAUGACAAGACUGUUAGUAGCACUUUCUAGAUCAGGGAUGUCCAACAUGAGACCCACCAUCUGCCAUUACAUCAGACAUCGUCCUAUUCCCCUCAUCAUUUAUUAAGAGCAGUUAAAGGAACACUUUACCAUGUUUAUGUCCAUGACCCAUGUUAUCCAUAAUAAAUCGAAAAAUAAUCAAAGCGUACUAAAAAUCAUUUUACAUGUAAUGUUUUUAGUGGCGAAUAGGAACCAAAUCAAUUAAUUUCUACCCAAAAUUAAGAAAUUGUUUAUUAUUUGAAGAAAUCAAUCAAGUUAGUUUCCAGUUCAGCAGUAACAUAAUAACUGACGUUGGAGCAAGAUACAUGAACAUCAGGUUCAACCCUUCUGUCGAAAACCUAUAUAGUUUCUAGUGGAUCCAAAGAAAGGCAAAAGCAUAUAAAGCUGUACAUUUUAGAAUGAUGAAAAUGCCCCAUUAAAGAGAGAAAUCAGUAGAGGACCAAAGAGAGAGUGGAAAUUAUAGAAACUGUAUUAGAGAGUCAUCUUAUGAGUUGGAGAGAAUAUCAAAGAAAUCGCUCACAGUAAAUAUAAACCAAUUUGACUGGAUAAAGAGAAAAAAAAGUAGCUGGAGGUUGUAUGGCCACUUGGGAGUGUAUAGGUGAUAUCUUACCUUGCAGUGCCCCAGUGGCUGCUAGAAAGGCAGCAUUGAAGCCCAGUCCCAGCACCCCUGCUGCAAAGAGGAGAACUGGCUGAUGUGGGUGAUGCGGAUGGACAAUGUGUCCCAGGGAUCCUAAGACAAGUGAGAAACUAAGGGGAGAGUAGGGAGGCGAAGGUGGGCAUAGGGGGAAAGGCGGUGGGAAUGAGAGAUAAUGAAGGGGGGACAGAGGACAUGUAAGAGAGAGAAGGUAUGGGCACUAUCAGACAGACUGAGCAGGGAAUCAGAGAAAUGACUUAGAAUGAGCUGGGCAAGGAGGACAGAGAGGCAAUGUUGCAGAAAGCAGGCUGAGGAGUAAUGAAAGAAAGUUGUUUGGUAGAGGAGAAAGGGAAGAAGGUGUAGAUAAUAAGUUACGGUGAAUAUACUGAAUGUUGAUUUUAAUCUAUAGCAACUGAGCCUGGCCUGUAGCCCCCAACUGUUGUUGCACAAUUAUACCCAUAGUAACUGGAGUUAAUAGCUUGAAGGCUCCAGGGUGAGCAUUGCUGGUCUGCACACACAGCUUAUCAUUCCCCUCUCUUUCCCAUUGUAUUUCUCUUUACAUUGAUUUCCAAGCUCACCUUUGCCCUUCCCUUUUCUGCUGAGCUUUCAUCUUCCCUUCUGCCAGUUUUUUGCCUUCUCUCCUUAGCAUUUCUCUGAACUGCUCUGCUCGCUCCCCUCCAUCAUGUGCAAGUCACACACUCCCCCCUUCAUCUUAAGUCCCAGGGUCAGUGGCAGCUAUUCACCCUCCUCAUUAUUUAACUGCCAUGUUUCGUCCUCCUCCUACCUCUAUUUCACAUUUCUCUCUGCCUUUUUCUGUGUUUUUCAACUGCCUCUUAUUAUCUUUGCCCUGGAACUUUUACUUCAGCUGAGUGAAGAACAAUAAAGUCCCAUUUUUAAUGGGUUAACCCCUUGCAAGAGGAGGCUGAUGAUGCAUUUCAGUGUUGGCAAAAAUAAGAACCCAAGUUUUUAACCUCUGCACUACAUCCUAUACAGCACUGUGCUCUUAGCCAUAUACUGUACAUUGGUUACCAUUUCCAUAUCAGAGGGGUGAUAGAUUUAAUCUUUUUUUUUUCCAAAAAAAUCAAGUUAUUUAUAUUUGAAAGUAACACACCUUUAUUUAUAUUUUAGAGUAUUCCCUACUACUACACCUCCUAAGAUCCGCCUGACAGUCACAGUGAGAAUGUGGGCGGCAUAUAGAAGUGACCCACCAUAACUUUUAGAAAAAGCAACUAUAUUUCCCUUAUUUACCCAUAGAUAUACAUAAAUGUAUGAGAAUAUUGCUUAUGUAGAAAUACCAUUCUUUAUUGCAUAUUUGUAGUUCUUUUCAUUCCAUGGCAAAUACAUUUAUUCUAAUUGCAUCUCAACCUAAGGCAUGUCCUGCAGGUACCCUCAAGUUAUAUAUAUAUAUACUUGUUCAACAUAGGGUCCCAGUAUAUCAGCGAGUGGUGCUGCAGGUAGUCAUGUCCAAGAGAUGGGCCGUUGUCCUGUAUUCCCCAACACGCAUGGUUUGUGUGCAUUACCCAUAGAUAGACCAGCAAAGUAGUGAACGGUCAACUUAUUGUUGUAGACUGAGGGAUGAUAUAGUAUGAUGCAAGAAAACCAUAAAACAGACUAGCAAUAAAGAGCAUAAUAAUAAUAACUUUGUUUAUCUUCUAGAUUAUCAAUGUGUUUAGACUAUGGGGGUCUCACGUUUCCCCUGUGGGUUUGCUGUUGUCAUUUUAAUGGGAAUUUCAAAUGGUGUAGUGAUUAGAGGAUCUAUUAUUCAGAAUACAGUCAUCCAGAAAGCUCAGAAAUAUGUCUCAGGCUCUAUACCCUAUACAUAGUAUAAUUAUACACUGAUUAGACAAUUUGCUAAUAUUGGUAUACAAUGGCUUACCUUUUAUUUGGACCAGGCCCCCAAGCAAUGGAAAGAAUGCUAAACCCUCUUAAACCCUUGUGUCACGGGUCACACUGACCGCCUCUACAAUUCCACAACUCCUAGCGCAGUUACCCAUAGCACUCUUUCCUUUCAUUUUCUAACUUCCAAAUAGACGGUCCAUAAAUAAAUGCUUGCUGGUGCAUUUUGGCCCCUGUUUAUGUCUGUGGGAUCUCACGCUACUGCUGUGUGUUCAGAGUAGAGCCGACACAAUACAACAUGAAACAAGACAACAGCAACAUCUAGUGGCAGGGACAUCCAAACACAAUGAAUGUACUAGAAUCAGUGUGUGACUAGGGUGCUACAGGCUCACCGGAAAACCGUAGACCCACUAUGAAGACCAUAUUUACUUCACUCACCUUAUUUG